AUGGGCUCAUGGUUCGAUGUAGUUGAGCUGCCUCCGUUGGUCCCUGCUGAUGAAGCUCCCGUGUACAAGCAGCCCAAAGUUGUUAUCGGUACCAGCCGGGUUCGUCGGUGGCAGUGGGUUGCUUUUACGAAUUCUGCGCGCUCCGAUGGCCUUGUACUUCACCAUUGGCGGCGGGCUGGUGACGAUGAAUCCGACGAAGACUACUACUUUGCGCGUUUUAACAAGGUUAGUAUCCUUUUAACCACCUCUACUAUUCCUCCGAUUGCAGCUGAGGGAGACUUCGUAUAUUUUGGAAUCUCAACCAGAAUUCUUAAAUGUACUUACCGUAUUGACAGCCUAGCCAUGUGUUUCGCUGAUAUUUCGCCGCCGCAUGACAGAGCUGCGAGGGGUUCGGCUCAUCCGUGA